UGCCCACCUCGACAAGCCUGGUCACGCUGAUCUGAUAAACUUUUCAAUUCCAGUCUAUUUUGUUAGCUUUAAAUCGUUAUUUAUUUUUAUAAUACAAGAAGAUGAUUGCGAGGACCCUGACGGCCAUGAGUCGGCAGACCCGCAGCAUCUUGUUGCCGAGGUGCACUAUUUGCCGGCCAUUUCACGCGAAUUCGGGAAGUUUAAGCAAGGCCUACGACCACGAUGGAAAAACCAAAGUCACAAUUUUCAACACCGAAACGGAUCUGGGUCUUAUGGUCACUGGAUAUAGCCAGUACGGUUUCAGGCUCAACAACGACAUGGUCCUCAUCGGACCUAUUUCCGUGUUUCCAAGAUCAGUUCUCUCCUGGAACGUUAAUAGCUUCGAGGACAUAAACGAGGAAAGUCUCAGUCUUUUUCCCACACUUGAACCAAAAAUCGACGUACUAAUUAUAGGGAUCGGCGACCAAGCUCCGCCUCCAGCGCUCUCCAAAAGAAUUAUAGAAUUCAUGAAGAAAUACAAGAUUAACGUUGAAGUUCUUCGCACGGAGCAAGCCUGCGCCACCUUUAACUUCUUGAAUGCUGAGAACCGCAUGGUAGCCUGCGCUCUGAUACCUCCAUUGCAUCUCACAUAUAAUGAGAACGACAUUCUGCAGACAAAACUUCGGCAGAAAGAGCUCUACGAGACCGAUUAGAAUUACUUAGGUGCAUCUCAUGUUGGUGCCUGUUAGGAAUUAAACUGAUUUUAAAAUUCA